UCAGCUAAUACGUUUUAACUGAAAAUGCCUGGAAAAUUGCGAAGAAACGAUUACGACCUCGUAGAAGAAGCCUACGAUAGCAAGUCUCCUGUGCAAGAUGAAGAUUCCUUUGAACAUGGAAUCAUCUUCAAAGUCAAGGUACUUUUUGAAAUCAAUGUUAGCUUUUGUUCGGUGGAGAUACAACUAAUUAAACAGCACUAAUUGCUGAGAAAAAUUUCGUACUCGGGAUGAUUUAAUUUAUGUACGUUACUUCAGAUUUGAAAAGUGAUUUUGGGGAAAUUGUAAAUUUCGUGACAGGAAAGUUCGUCAUGUUUGCGUUGGUUAUGACUAAAAAAGGUGCGAAUCUCUAUUUAUAAACAUGGAACAUUUGCUAUGUUUUGUUCUCCUUUAUAGUAUAUCGGGACAAAAGAUAUCCAUAAGCCAAGCAGCAGAGCUGAAAUUGUCUCUUCUAUGCGACGAAUACGGGUAAGACGAUUUUUCUUUUAAUACAGAAUUUCAGAUUCAAAGCUCUGUGUUAUGAUAUUGCAAACUUUGUUAUUAAAGUCGUAUAUAGUCACUUUGCUUAUAAACCUUUUGUUGUAAGUCAAAAAGCGACCGUUUUCAUGCAGAAUUGAUUAUCUUAUUGUUAUAUCUAAUUAUUACAAUUGAAUUGAACGGGAUCGGGAAGGAAAAGAACUUUCUUGUCAAUAAGUCCUUGAAAUAACAGACUGCAGCCAAACAGUACAAUUUAUAAAAACUCUGUUGCUGAGUGCUCGUAUAAAUAAUCAACAAUUCGUCGGCAUUAAUCGUUUCCGCUGAAUAUUAAUCGCAAAAUUUUGUUUGGGUUUAACAAUUAAAUUUUGUUAACAGCUACGAAUAACCCCUUUUUUUAUUGAUUGCUUUGCGUCCUGUGUAUCUAGGGGGUCAGGCGCUUCAGUGGGCAGUAGAUGUCAGUUACAGUAUUUCAAAUGUCCAAGUCGUUGUGGAUCCACAAAUUUAAGUUGAGAAUGGAGAAAAAAUACUGAAAGAGAGGUUCCGAGUGGACUUCUCUCAAAGCUUUUUUAUCAUAAAUGGUGCCCAUCAUAUUUGGUUCUGAAUGAACAGAUCAGAUUGGCAGUUGAUUGCAUUAGAUGAACAAAAACCUGGAUUGCACCAGAUCCAGUCUGUAUCCCAGGAGCUUAUAGAUUUAAUAUAGAGAGCCUCUGUAUGGGUACUUGCAGACAUUGAUUCUGUUGCACGUUUCCUAUCAAAUCUUCAGUUUUUCAGGCAAAACCGCUGCAUAUCAACAAUUAUUUUGCGUGGUAAAUGCUUUUAGCAAACUCAGCACAUCCACCAAAAAUGACUGAAAUGAGAAAGAAAACACACUUUUUUGCAUUUCUCUUAAAUAACUGUCAUUGCACCACCAACACUGUCAAUCUUGAUCAGAAUGGCAAUGCAAUCAUUGCUUUAAUCUCUAAGAUAAUUGCUUCAGCAAUGGUAAUCGUUGGGACUUUGAUUUCGUCAAAAAUACCUAUACGGUAGCUCUAAAGUGCUUUCAUUAAAAAUAAGUACCAAAUUGUGCUAACAUAUCCUACUUGGUUGCUUGUCAAAAUAUAUUCAAUGUUAAAUUGGACUGACAAUUUGCCGUUUCUCCUCUGUUUACAUAAUACCAUUAUUGUUAGUCCAGGCAUCAUUUUAUACGGUCAUUUACAGGUACUAGUAGUGGGUAUGUGUGUGGUAGGUAAAAUCAUGUUCAGGUUAAACCAGCAUUUCUUUUGUCUUCUGCGUGACUGAUAAGGGCAAGAAAGAGAAUGGAGUUGAUUUACAACAGGUAUAUCUUUACUAUUUUUAAGUAUGAACACAAGGUAUAUGGGUCCAAGAAGGAAAGAACAGAAUUGAGUGUUUCAGUGAUGGGAAUAAAGGUUGUCCACAGAGAAGAAGGAAAGCGAAAUUGGAUAACACAUCAUGUAAAUAUGAAUUCUCAUAUAUAAUUUUACAAAUUAUUUGUAAUUAUGUUUUGUGUAUUAAUAGUGGGCAAAUAACUUCUUCCCCAUAUAAAUGUAUGUUUACAUGCACAUAUAUAGAUAAUAUUUCACCUCCUUAUCGUAAAUUGAAAUAUUAGCACCCUCUGCAAACAGUCUGUCCCUUCUUUUUUUUCUUUUUUUCUUUUUUCCCCUAAUAACAGAUUUUCCAAAAACAAUCUUUUUUUCAGUUUGGCAUUUUGCAAAAUUGUCAAUUUCAGUGAUUUAGGCAUAUGUGCAUGGGUGUAUGAGCACUAUGUCUAUUAGAACCUUAGCGUCAUGAUAAUUUAUAUUGACACCAGAAAUGCCUCAAAACUUCCACAUGAAACAUAGUGUAGAUUGUGAGGUACAGUGAACUCAUCAAGAAAUAUGUCCAACAAGAAUAAUUCUUGUUAUUAAACAGGAAUUUAAAUACGUGUAAUGUAUAUAAAUGCUGUAUAUUUUGAAAUGAAUUGUUUGUCAGUUAUGGAUAUCAGUAGAGUUAUGCUAGCCUUACCAGUAUAAGCGUUAAUAACACGAAUAUAAAUGAUUACCUAAUUGCAAGAUCAGAGACUUUAUUAAGCUCUGUAAUUAAAUAAUAUUAUACAAAUAUAUUUUAUGAAUGUUUUUGGGUAAGUGUCACCAACUCACUCUUAAUGGACACCUCAGUCACCUUAAAGUCAUUGAUCCUAGGGGUAGCAAGUGGUUAACCUAGCUAAAAAAAUAUUGUAGGUCUGAAAAUUUUCAUAUGGUUUUGAUUAUCUUGGAACCAUAUGUGAUGACUGAAUUUUUAAGGACACUGCAGUGGUUCCUGAACAGUGUUAGUCUUCUGUAUUGAAAUAUUUUUGAAAGUACGAUAUCACUUUCUUUUGUGUUUUCAUUUCAGAAAAAGAAACAAGAGUUUGAAGUGACGGAAAUUAUGAGUCAUCCAAUUAACAGAAUAUUCUAUGUGUCACAUGAUUCCCAGGAUUUGCAAAUUUUUAGUUUUAUUUCGAAGGAGGAGGAUGUUUUUAGAUGCAGUGUUUUUAAAGCAAAUACCAAGGUAUUAUAACAUGUUACAGUAAAUAUUGAUUUAUUUUAACUAGUUAUAAAUAAAAUUAUCAUUGAAAGGAAAUUUUUAACUCGUUGUAAGGGUCAGGGGUACUCUGGGACUAAAACAGGAAUAAGUUAAGGUAUCAUUAAAAAAAAUCAGGGUAUAUGCAACUUGUCUUGUGUGGUUUAGUGGACAUUAAGGAGGACUCGGAAUCAGAACCUUGUGGGUUUAAAUCUCUGUAGAAGUAAAGGAUGGGAAGGUACAUUCUGAAGACUUCUUUUUUAUGUAUUUGUUGUAGUAAGAUGUUUAGAGGAGAUCCCUCAGUAAGAGAGCAGUAAAAAAAAAACAAUGUGGAAUGGAGAGGAUCAUGUUUUUUGUCCUCUUUGCAAGCUACUGUUCAGAAUCUUAUAUCUUUACGUGGUUUAUUAUGUAAGAAAGUACUGUAAAGUUCUGAACGUAAGAACCCUCAUUACUUUUGGGUUUAGCAGCCUUUUUCCUAUUGCUAUUUUCGAAGGGCUACUACUUUCGGGUAUAGCUUUUAAAAUGUGUACUGCAGAUAUUGAAGUUGCAUUAAUAAUAUUGCACAAAAUCCAAAACAUCCACACUUUUUAUUUGGAGAAUCUUAUUCAAUGUUAUUGCUUUUUUUUAAAAAAAAUUUAAAAAAUGGUUUGAUUACGGUAUGGGUAUUCACUGACAAAAAGAAGAGUUUGAAAAUAAAAUGUAAUGUACUUUAGAGUUAUAUAAAGGAAAUUGUGUCAAAACUCAGAUCAGCUUGGUAAAGCUUGUUGCUUCUUUAAUUUCUGUUAUUUGUAGCUGAUAAAGGGAAUUACUUUUGAAGUCAUUAUUUUUGGGGGGAUCGCUACUUUUGGCAUUUGCUAACACCUGUCAAACUUUAUCAGUACUUUUGGGGGGUCAUUAUGGUAAUCCAAGAGAGAUUCAUAAACUCAUGCAGCUAAUUGCCCCAUCUCCCAAUAGCCCCCCUCUCUGCUGAGUGACCAUGCUUCUCUACUGUUCUGUGCAUGUGGGUGAUUCUUAAAAAUGCAGUCAUUCCAAAUUAAUAUGAGAUUAAUCUUUGCUGAUGUCAUUGUUAACAAUUUUGCCUAUUAGCUUAUGACUUGGCCAUAUAUAAAUAUAUCUGUCAUAGGUUAAAUUUGAUUUCAGGUUAAUUGUCUCCUAGCCCUAUUAAGAGGUAAAGGAAAUCGAGAAUCAACCUGGGUUACACUGCAAUUUUAACUAUGAUCAGUUUGAGCUGUUUGAGAAGUGGGCAUCUGAGUUUUACUACACCACUCUAUGUGGGGGAAAGAGAGGCCGACCACUCUUUUUUCUGUAAUGGCAAGCAAACUUUGGAAUAGCUUGCCUCUAAAAUUAAGAACUUCUCGUUUAAUUACCAAAGAAAAUUUCAACCAUCAAAAACUGAGAAAAAUUACUGGUGGCAAAAAAGUUUUUGAGCCAUACAUUUGUAAAAAAAUAUAUUUCAACUUUUGAAAAGAGAAUUUCUUUGAAACCAUAUAUUGGGCUCAAGUUUUCAGAGAUUACUAAUAUUGCUAUGUUCUAUAAUAUUCAGAGAUGGUAUUUUAAUAACUUGAUAAGAAAAGGAUAAGCAUAAUUAUGUUAAUGAGAAAAAAAUGGAAACAAAGAUUUGCUUUUAAAGUGGCUUGAAAGGGUUUUGAUCUUUCACAUACAGGUAAAAUGGUUUUUAUGAAUAUUUCUGAAAUGUAGAUUACCAUUGUCAUACUAUGACAAUAUAUAAAAUCAUUAUCCUUUGAAAAAAAAAUCAAAUACAUGGACCAAGGAACAAAUGAAUAUAGGGAAAAGGGUGGAGUUGGGAUUUAGAGUUUGGUACAUUAUAAAGAACUUGAGACAGAAGGCUGUGAGACUUGAAUGGGAUGAAGAAUCAGGGCUUGAAAAAACCUUGAAUUCUAGUUUGUCCUAUGGGCUAGUUUGAAUUCUAGUAACUGUGGGCCUUUUUACCUGGAAACCCAAAAUGCAUGAUGACAUGCUGAAUGGUGCCUAUAGGAUUUGUUUAUGGCUUUUUGCUAGGCAACUGUGAAAUACCAAACUGAUAGAAAGAAAGAUUUAUGACCAAAGCGAAAUCGCACUACGUUUGCGAUCCUCGAGACAAAAUUAAUAAGUCGCUUCGCUCGUGCCCUUACGGUCGCUGGCUCCACGAGAAUAAUGAAAGUAUUAAUAAUUAUUUAGAAAUAUUACAUGGCCGUGUGGAGAUAUAAAAUUUCUUUUUGAUUGCUCAAAAUAUUUUAUGAGUGCAGGGCACAGCAAGUGAGAUAUUUUUUCAACACAAGAAGUGAGCAAGCAACUAUGUCAUGUUUAAUUUUUGAUAUAAAAACCAAUGAAAUAGCAAACCACUUCACUUAAACGCUUGUUUUGCUGCAAAAGGUGCCAUUUACUAUGUAACCAUAGCAAUGGCAGUCACUAUAUCCUUAUUGCUUAUUAUUCUAUACCGGACUGUUAUAUUUAAUAUUUUCUGUAACACCGUGCAAUUGAUAGCUUGGAAAUUGGUGAUAACGAGAACUAAACAAACAUAAAUUUGUUUGGAUUUAUCAAUAGGCAGAUGCCAUACUUAUUGUAAGGACAAUUGGACAAGCUUUUGAGGUGUGUCACAAGCGAACAUUAAGCCAAGCAAGUCAAGAUAAUGCACCGCAGGCUGAUAAAGAUAAUCCAGGUCAGAAGACACAAUGACAUUUUUUCUUAGUUUCUUGUAGUUUUAGUGUCUGCCAUCAUGAAGCCUUUUAUCUUGAGAUGGCAUUUCCUGCCAGGACAAGUUUUGUUUUUGUUGUCGUUCUUUGUAAAUUAAAAAGUCACGUUAAUUAAUUUAUAACAUUCAUUUCCUUGCAUGUGUAGAGCUUGACGUUCCUAUGAAAAACAAUGUUGCUCCAAUGGAAACAAAUGAGAGCUCACCCAGUCAGAAGGUAAGUCAGCUCCUUGGUAUAAUAUAUAUAGAACCUUGUUACUUGCAAACGAUUCUUGGAUAAGUGUCAUAAAUUUUAAUUUUAUAACAUUGCAGAUUAUAUGCACAUAUUUGCUUGGAGGUUGCUGAAAACCACAAUGGCUUUUAAUAGGAGCCUCCAAGGGACCUAACUGAAAUGAUAUAUAAUGAGAAAAAUGGAAGAAAAAUAUUAACUAAUGCACAUUAUUUAGUUCAGUGAAUUUAUUUCCUUGGUUUACUGAAAAACUAAGCAUUUUUUCGACAACUGGAAAAGAUCCAAAGGGGAGAUUACUAACAAUGUAGUACUUGAUUUGGCAUUCUCUGUCCUACCAUGUUUUUUUUUUUUACCUGAGUCGUCUGCCCUUCUCGUUUUCAGAAAUUUACAGCCCUGUGCAAGACUUGUAAUUUUUUACUUGAGAUAACCUGGGGUCAAUUUAAUAAAACUUUUACGAGUGUAAUUUACAAGUGUAGCUAUUGUUUUAAGGUCUGAAAACAAUUUACACUUGAAAAAGUUUUAUUAAAUUGACUCCUGUAGGCCUGUGUUGAAUAGUCAGAAAGAACAACAAUGAUAAACAUGCUCAUGUUCUUCAGAACCUGUGGAGAUCAGUUCCUGUUUUAAGUUGGCUGGUCUGCAGAGUAGUGGUAGAAGUUUGUGAGUUUGAAAACCAACUGUCUCAAAACUCAGCAUCAUAUAACUGAGCUUGAGGAUACAGGGGCUGCUUUUGCUAUACAAAUUUAAAUUAUUAUCUCUGAGAUUAAUGGUCAGUAAAAUUAAGACAAAUUCAUGUCCUUGGUAGUCUCCAUCGCAGCUGUUAUUAGGGACGUCACGCAACGCUCAUCUCCACUAGUGGGGAGGAGCAUUGCGUGACGACCCUAAUAACGGCUGCGAAGGAGACUAUGUCCUUGGAUGAUCACACAAACUUUUAAAGCUUAUUUGCCCAAUUGGCAAGGUUCCAGGCAAUUCAUCCUCUAAAGAAAUCAUCUACUAAGAGGAACUUAAUAAGUGGCCCCGGGCAAGCAAAAUGCGAGAGCUGCUUGCCCAAAGGUUAAGCUGGAAUUCAAGUGUUUUUCAAGCCCUGAAUUUUCUUGCCUUUUCUCUGUUGCCAGGUGGACUUACCUACUGAUGUGAGAGAAUACCACCCUGAUCCUAGUAUUGCACCAUUAACAAUCCAACAGCUUCGUCAAAUAUAUCAGCAACAGCUUGACCAUCAAAGACAAGAGACACAGGCUGCCCAGGCACAGCUCACCCUUGUGACACAGCAGCUUGAUAAUGAGGCUGCUGCGAGACAGGUUCUUCAGGUAAGUGGAUAUUAUGUUCCCUGGCAUUUAUGCAUAGCCUAGUCAUUCUACACAUCUUUAAUUUAUUUUAAUGUUUAGUUUUAAGGUGCUGCAUCAUGGCUAGUCUAGUUCAUUUUGUUAAGAUUGCCAACAACACAUCCUUAUUUGCAAAGAAGCAUAACUUUAGUGAAAAAACCCCUGGUAAAUGGCAAAAUCACAUCUUCAUUUCAAACAAAUAUGUCUCCCAAGCAUAUCAAAUGUUACAAACAACAAAAACGGACGUUGAAACAGACUGUUUAAGGCUAACAAGUUUUCGAAACAGCAAUUCAAUCCACUUAAUCUUCUUCAAAUUUGUCCAUCCAUGUCUUGUAUUUAUGCUGUGUUAUUCAUACCUUGUUUUAAUAUUUUGAGCAGUUAUUUUUAUGUCUUACUCAAUUUGGUGACAUAGAGUUCCGCUGUUUGAGGUUUGAAUUAAAUCUCGCGAUACAGCUUCUUUAAUUGUUGUCUGUUCCAUUAUUAAUCCAUUACAGACUUUUCACCACGUUAGCCAUGAAUUAAAGUACUAUUAAAAAACGUGUUCAUUAAGUCAUAGCAUCCAAUUAACCUAUCUUAAUUUUCAGAAUCAACUAGAUCAAGUGCUUAAGCAGAACAAAGACUUGAUAUCAACGGUAACACAAUUAGUUGACCAAGUUCAAACACUGCAAAACCAGCUGCGUGGCCGUGGUGACUCUGGUGUUAGCUUAAGUCUUGAUAUGGAUGGCAAGAUUUCUUCAGGAAUGGCAAUACACUCGCAAGCAUCAUCAUCAGUGAAUUCUUCUCCUUACAAAGAAGGACUUGUUUCAACAGCAGCUGUGUUAAAGCAUCGUCUAGGUGAACCAGUGUUUCCCAACAUCCCACCUCCAGCUAUGACUCCAAGCCCACUGAUGUCACACAGAGGUGACAUAGAUGCCUUGGAUGGCAGCAUUUCUUCUCUACAGUCCAGCAGCAAGGUUGCAAGUUCAGAAUCUUUUCUGCGCAGCAGUACAGUACCUGAGGGUAGCUCUCUCCCUCCUCUUGUGGAUUUAAGCUCCUCUGAGCUUGAGAUGGUUGAACCAAGACAUGAGCCCUUCCCACAGCAGUUUCUUCAGUUUGUGUUUGACAGUUCUGAUCCAGGAAGGGAUAGCUCCACAAACAUUACACAACAGAAUGGAACUGUUAAUGUAGCUAACACUUCCAUACCACCAGGUGGGAAGUCUACGAUUUUGAAUGGUACUUUUUAAAGACUGCUACAAAUGGUUGGUCUGCUAGAUAAAUUUAAUUGGUAUUGAUCAGGUAUUACUGAAUGAUGAUCAUUCUUAGUACUGUUUCUACACUCGAUAUCAAGGCUUGAAAAAAACUUGAAUUCCAGCAAGUCCUUCUGGUAAGCAACUCUCACAUAAUUUUGCUUGCCUUGGGCCACUUCUUGCUCAUCUUAGUUAAUGGUUUUGGUACUGUAGGAUGACUUGCCUGGACCGUUGCCCAUUGGGCAAGUAAGCUUGAAAAAUUACUUACCCAGCAAGAAAAUCUACUUGUCCCAGACUACUGGAUGGGAAUUUUUUCAAGCCCUGACUUGAGCCCGAGAAUAAAGCUUUUAGAGUAACAAAGGGGCCAAGAGCUUUAGGAAGUGCCUGAUUGAUGCUUGGGUUGUUUAACAAAUUAAUAGACAACAGUUAUAAUUAUUAUUAUGGCCUGACUCUUAUAGACCAUGGAAUGACAUCAAAAUGUUCAAAAUUCAAGUGCCGGUUUCACUGUUUCAACACUUUGACUUCAUUUCUGUGAUCUAACAGAGUAUAGACCAUGGGAAAUUGUGGUCUAUUAAAUAGACCACAAUUGAUCAAUGUUACUGUAAGAAACAAAUUUUGUUUCUUACAGUAACAUUGACAGUUUUUAAUGUCCAAAUUUUCCAGUGGAUUUUGUAUAGGUAAUCACAUGAUUUAGAGUGGAAUUUGGGAUAAAUCAGCACAAGUAAUUUUUUUAAGACUAACCAAAUUGCACGAGCCUGUAUUUUAUUUCAACCUUCUGCACUGUUUGGGAUUAAUUGGCACUGUGCUCUCAACAGAUAUUGCACAGACAAAAAAUGUGCCAUCUUCAUGUCAUUACUAUUGCCUCUACUCUCAUGGACCACAGCUUUCAAGUCACUCA